UGUCACUGGCCCUUUGAACCCCAACAAUAACAAUAGCAGAAAGAAGAGAACCCUAGACCAGCCAGUGACAAUAGUCAUCACUGAACCAAGACAACAGUGACAACAGUCAUCACUGAACCAAGACAACAGUGACAACAGUCAUCACUGAACCAAGACAACAGUCAUCACUGAACCAAGGCAACAGUGACAAUAGUCAUCACUGAACCAACAUGACAGUGACAAUAGUCAUCACUGAACCAACACAACAGUGACAACAGUCAUCAGUGAACCAACACAACAGUGACAACAGUCGUCACUGAACCAAGACAACAGUGACAAUAGUCAUCACUGAACCAAGACAACAGUCAUCACUGAACCAACACAACAGUGACAACAGUCAUCACUGAACCAAGACAACAGUGACAACAGUCAUCAGUGAACCAACACAACAGUGACAACAGUCAUCACUGAACCAAGACAACAGUGACAAUAGUCAUCACUGAACCAAGACAACAGUGACAAUAGUCAUCACUGAACCAAUGCAACAGUGACAUUAGUCAUCACUGAACCAACGCAACAGUGACAAUAGUCAUCACUGAACCAACACAACAGUGACAACAGUCAUCACUAAACCAAGACAAGAGUGACAACAGCCAUCAGUGAACCAAGACAACAGUGACAACAGUCAUCACUGAACCAACAUCAGUGACAACAGUGAUGGUAGAACCAGGAAGCUCCACGUAAAUUUCCCGUAUCCAGGAGAGGAGCUCUAGAUCCAUGGAAUUGACUCGCCCUCUCCUUCCUUGGAUCAAACAUAAACUUAUCCGAUGCAUGACACAGUGCUACUCUUUAACUGUAUGAGAGCGUCAUCACAACUCAUCAUCAUCUGGGAAAUUGUGGCAGUUGCCGACAAGUAGUAAUAAAGAUGAGAAAACAGAAGGUCCUUUAUUGACAGUAAAGAUAGAUGCUCAGUAUGACAGACUGUAGAAAUUUUACGAUUGAAGAAAGACUUACUGCUAAUGUGUGGAUUCAUAGUUGUGAGAGAGGGUAGAUAAUAUAAAUAGUAGACCCAAAAGCUGCAGACAUCAGAAGGAAGAGUCUUUUUUAAAUGGAAGCGGUGUGGUGUUUGAGAAUCUGACAGGAUGAAGAGUUAUGCUAACUGAGAAUCACCAGACAUUUUUCUGUGAUAAUUCAGUGUCUGAUAGUGAUAUGGAGGACACAGGAUUACCAGUAAUAAAACAAGAUAUUGCUGGAGGGGAAUGCAUUAUAUUUGUCAAAAAUGAAGAGAUCGAAGAAGAAAUUUUAUUCAUCAGCUCUGAUAAAUGCUCAGUUGCUUGUCAGACAGAUUCAUCUUCCUUUGUCACUCAUGUUCGCCCUUCUAUUCCCAGUGUUCCUAUUUUCUUUUGUGCAUUACCUUUGCCUGGUUCAGCGACUACGCAGUGCAACAUUCCAGUCUUGGUUGAUGUUGGUGUGGGAACAAACUCUUUCCCAGUUGGUUCCAGAACUCAUUUUAAGGAGGAUUGCGCUGUGGACAACUCAGACGCUCUUUCAGUCCUUGUACAGAGGCCAAUCAGUGAGUUUGAGGAAGACAAUGUGAAGCCUUUGAAGGUCUUCACUGAAGAUAAUUCAAAGGCUGCUGUACCAUCACUGGGAAGACGAGAGGCACACUCAAGGAAGGAAACCGAGACAAAAAAUGUAAUCAAAGUCAUCCCUGAAUCCACCAGCAAACCAUCAUUAGAUAAUGUAAUGGAGACACCAAAUACAGAUCAAGCUAAGAAAAAGAGAGGAAGAAAAAAGAAAAUCAUUUGUGGCAGCGAGACGGAUAAAGAAAAACCAGUUGAACAUUCAUCAGUAGGACCUGAUAUGAAAAUUUCAGGGAGGAGAACGAGGAGGAAAAAGCGAGAUGCAGAUUUUGAGUACGACCUCGACAGUAAUAUAGACAUAAAUGUUAAGGUGGAAUUUGACAACUAUGAUGGAGAUGGAGACUGGAAAAUUGAUCCCAAUGAUGCUAGUGAUGAUGAAACAGUGAAAGGUAAAAAGUUAAGUAAAUUUGGGAACAGUGAUAUGAACACAAUUCCUCUGUCACAAAUCAAGGAGGAAAGUCCAGAAGAUAUAAAUUAUAAGAAUUUAAUUGAUGCUGUUGCACAGGAAUGCGAUGACAGCAGCGAUAAUGAGGAUGAUGGGAAAGAAGACUCAGAUGAAGGUGCAUGCAAUAUCUCUGGUGACAGUGCAAAGAAUUUUGAUAGCAGCAAAGUUCUUACCGUUGGUAUUUGUGACCUAGCACUAGAAAAUAGCUUUCAGUUAUCAAAACACCUUAAAAAAUAUUCAGAGAAAGCAAAAGAAAAGUAUCAUCAAGAAAAAGUAGUAAAAGCAGAUGGAAAAUGCAGGUACAAGUGUUUGAAGUGCAACGAUGAGUUUGAUUUGCGCUUGCAACUUAAUGAACACAGAAAAGUACACACAACGAAAGUUAGAGUGUAUGAAUGCAGUCACUGUGAUAAAGUAUUUACUGAAGCACGUAAAUAUUAUUCCCAUCUGGGUUUCCACGACCGCCUUUUUGAGUGCCGGUCUUGUGGACGGAGAUUCUCCUUACUACGUAAUUUAAAGAAGCAUCUUACCAUUCACCAAGGUGUACCAGAUCAGAUAUGUGAAGUGUGUGGCAAUCAGUUCUCGACCCCAGAUCAGUUAAAGUCACACCACGAAACACAACACAACAAUGAUAAUAUUCGUACCUACAAAAUUGAAUGCAUACAUUGUAACAAAAGAUACGUUAGGGAAGAGGCGUUUAACCAGCAUUUGAGUAAAGCACCAUAUAACUGUUCAUUAUGUGAUGCUUCACUGGGUUGCGAGUUUAAACUGAAAACUCACGUGAGAUACCAGCAUGGUCAGUGCGUUUGUGAAUUCUGUGGGAAAUCUUUUAAAAAGAAUUCGCUUAUACAUCAUAUUAAUGUAGUGCAUAAAGAAGCAUGUGUUAAAUGUCCUCACUGCCCUAAGAAAUUUGCUUAUCGUUCAAAAAUGUUAGCGCACCUUGAUGCAAACCACACACUCGAAAAAAAAUAUAAAUGUAAUCAUUGCAAUUAUGCCGCCCGUACUGUUAACACCUUGAAUCUUCACCGCCGUAGGUUUCACACAGAUCCCAAUAAACUUCGCCGUCACGGUUGCAAAAUCUGUGGGCGUAAAUUUCUUCUUCCUUCCAAGCUUACCCUUCAUUUUCGAACUCAUACUGGAGAGAAACCAUUCAAGUGUCAGAACUGUGGCAAAGCAUUUGCCUCGAAGUACAACAUGAUAGAACAUGAAAAAUGUGUUCAUGGUGAACGAGUACAAUUAAAGCAUCCAGAUGGUAGCACCACCGUACGGGUAGUUAAGCACCGCCGUGCACCACGUGCCCCUGGCAGACGUUGUGACUUGUGUGGUGUUGAUUUACCGUCGUCCUCUACUGUGCGGCAACACAUGAGGGAAGAACAUGAUGCUCAGUAUUUACCAGAUGAUUCCUCAGAAUUUGGAAAAGAUAACAUGAAAUUAGUGUCAUUUCAUGAUGCCGAAAAUAAUACACACACAUAUCCAGCGAAAAGUGAAAACUACGAGGAGAUAGAAGGCUGUGAUCAAAAUCUAAUAUUGACUGCCCCAACUGGGUUGGUUAAUGUCCAUGCAGAUUCUAUCCCCGAGUACGCCACGCAUGUGGAGAUUGAUGGUGUAGAGUAUCAGGUUGUUCGGCAAUGAUGUAAAUUCUGUAAAACAAUAAACUGUAAAUCUUG